UUUCGCAAUGCCUCGCCGAUCAAUUGUUUGAGUACACGAGUCUAAAGGUCGCAGACCCUAUAAGUUAUAAAGACGUGAACUGUGCAGUGUAAACAAAACUAUCGAGAGUCAAAGUGUGGAACAUCGAUACCGGAGGAACGGAAUAUUCACGUGUUUUGUUCUUUAUUAUUAUUCACGUCAAUAUUAACCAGUUUAGCCGUGCUGGUACAAAGCUUCCCAAGACGUGACCGUCAUUUUUAAGGCAUGGAUUCACCUCCUAUCCCACCCAUGAGUGCGGAGGAUGUGUUUAAGAACAUCCCUCCCCCAUCUUACGAAGAGAUCAUGGGCCAUCAGACCCUAACGUCGGCCAAAACAGACGUAUCCAGGGAAGAGUUACCGCCCUUAGCAUAUAUCGAUAUUAUGCCGCGAUGUCUUUUCCCGGGAAAUAUGAAAGGAAAAGUUCCACCCGAAUACGAUAAAUUCAGUACCUUAAUCGAGGCCGCCAACCAUUGGUUGCGAGGAAAUCCAAGCUACGGAGUGUGGAAAUGUGAGACCGUGGAACGUAAAGUGGAAAGCAGUGGAGAAGUGUUAAUGGAGAGUAUGUUGUUCCACGAAGCCACGUACGGAUUCAACGUUAACAUCAAUGGCAUCAGAAUGUGGCUGUACGUCCGCGAUAACAUAUCCACUCCCCCACAACAACUCGGACUUCGCAGUCGGGUACCGGACAAAGUGGAAAUCCCGAUACCUUAUUACAUGGGCAGAAGAAGGAGAUACUACGGCCCGGCUUUUGUGCAAACAAUUAUGUCAUACGAAGGCCUUAAGAAAACCAUGGAAAAACUGAACAACGAACUAAAGAGCGAGCCCGUUGGAGGAACCAUUUUGAACGUAGAAUGUGCCGUGAUAAAGGCAGCGGAAGGAUUUGAGCGUUUAGACGUCGAUCCUGACAACACAGUGUUUCACGAAAACGGCGGAAAAUUACGACGUUACACACAGAUCAUCCGGAUCUUCUACGUCAUCGGAAGUCUGGCACAGGAAACCAUUGACCUGAUAGAUGUGAUGCCAAAAGCAACACGUAAUCCCGGAAUGGGAACUCCUGCAAAGUUCGAGUCAUUUGACGAAACAAUGGAACGCCUCUCAAGAAAUCCACCAUCAGAACUCAGGGAAGGUCGAGUGGUCAAUUUACAAACUCUUUUCCCACAAUAUAAGGAAUUAGCAGGUGAAGUCGACGUUCUGGCCAAUGACACAGACGAUUUUGUCACUGGAUCUCUCAAUAGAAAGCAAAUGCAGAUCCUUCGCAUCUUUAGAGUCAACGGAAGUUCACCUAGACCUUUCCCACCAAAUCUUUCCAGCAAACUGUUUGUUCCGGUCCGAACCGGAAGUAGGUCAUUUGAAACAAUGCUUCAGACGAUGUUCCGAAUUGAGGCUUGGCUUAGAGUUACAGGUUUACCAAUCUACAAUGUGGAGACAGUGUCCUAUCUAUUCAAUGAACAUUCCCCGUCCGGUAUGGAUGCAAGCAAGUCAAGUGUAGUUUGUCCCGUGGGGGUCGGGAAACACUUUGUUACAGCAAUCAGGGUGUACUUCUACGAGCAAUACCAUGAGCCAGACCCCGCCCUCCUACCCCCUGUGUUUCCCUGGAACGGAUCAUCUGGGUCAUCCAGCUGUACCUUGCUAUGAUACAGAAUUUGCAUAUCGCACAUUCAGCACUUCAUCAUUGGGAUCGCUGCUGCAUUAAAGAUGGCGAAGAGGAGUGCGAAUGCGCAGUUCAAUUCUUUCAUAACGUCACAAUCGCAAUGCCCCAGGCCUUCCUGAGCUUUCGAGCUUCUGCGUCGAGAAGUUGCGAUUGAGAACGUCGGAGACUCAAAAACCCUAUCGACUUAUACAACGGAUGAUAAUUUCGAUAUCCGUCCAUUUGUUCUAUGAUGUUCAUUCAACUGUGACUAGUUUAUGGUUGCAUCCAGACUGUGAUAAAUAUGGCAAUUAUAUAUUUUUACGUACUAUGUAUCUGAUAUGAUGAAGCUCUGAUAUUUAAAAUGCGUUCAUAUAUAAUAUAUUCUGUCUAUAUUUUCUAUUUAUACCUCAUUUAUGUUACAAUAUGAAUUGUAUAUUCUUUACUUUGUUUUGUUUUUAUUAAAUUCUGCUUGAAAGUUA